UGACUGUGACGUGUCCACUAAAGUGUUGGCGCGGUUCGCUUUCUUAGUACGGUUAUACGGUGCCAGUGGUAGAAGUGGUAGGAGGGAAGUAGCGGGCUGCUGAUUAGUGUCCUACAUAAGACCGGCUUUUUCAAAUUGCAGACUGCCUCCAAAUUUGAAUUGAUUUUUAUUGCCUACUAGAGAUCUUCAUAUAUUUCGAUAACAUGUCUAGCCGGAAAUCAGUUUUGUAUCUUUUUGAUGUAGAUGGUACCCUUACCAAACCGCGGCAGGUUAUAACAGAGGAACUGAAAAAAUUUUUGUUAGAUGAUGUGAAAUCUAAAGUAACUGUGGGACUUGUCAGUGGAUCCGAUUAUGUUAAAAUAGCUGAACAAAUGGAUGGGGCGGAAGUGGCAGCUAAGUUCGACUACGUUUUUUGUGAGAAUGGUGUUGUUUAUUAUCGUAAUGGCAAGCUGAUCAGCUCUGAAAGUAUCCUGAGUCACCUCGGAGAGAAGUUGUUACAAAGAGUCAUCAAUUUCUCACUUGGAUAUAUGUCUAAGAUCGAGCUACCAGCUAAGCGUGGUAACUUUGUUGAGUUCAGAUCAAGCAUGAUUAAUAUUUGCCCUGUGGGAAGGUCUUGCAGCCAGGCUGAGCGAGAUGAGUUUGUAAAGUAUGACUCUAUCCAUUGUAUAAGACAAAAAUUUGUUGAUUCAUUAAAAGCUGAAUUUGAAGGUUCAGGUUUGACAUUUGCACUCGGAGGACAAAUCAGUGUGGAUGUCUUCCCUACAGGCUGGGACAAGACUUACUGCCUCAAUCAUGUAGCAGACCAACAUUUUGAACAAAUACACUUUUUUGGAGAUAAAACAAUGGCUGGUGGUAAUGAUUAUGAGAUUUACAAUGACCCACGGACAGUUGGUCACAAAGUUACAUCUCCAGAUGACACCAAAGAACAAGUAGUUAGGUGCCUCAAUAUUCAAUAAAAUUAUUACAUAAAUAUCAAGAGAUUCCUUACACUGUUAUAUUUUUUUAUGAUGCAUUAAAUUUGUACUAUAAUGAUUAUGUACAUAUUACAAAAUUGUUACAGUGAGGACAUUAUUUUAAAAUUCUCAAAUAAGGUUUAAUCAAACAAUGUACAGUACUACCUACUUAGCAACUCUCUGAAUUAUUAGAGAUAAGUACAAGAUGAUACCAAUAGUGGUGUCUGACCUGUAAUAACCUGAUGAUAUAAUUUUAUUGUGAAAUGAAUAUAAAGAUAAACUUCUU